AUGGACAUGCUCCAGCGCGAGUACUCCCAGCGCCUGGGCGGCUUCCAUCCCCCGCCUCCGGGAAUACCGUACGCAGACACUCGCGCCGACCAGUCCUUGGGGGACCUGCAGCGCUCCAUCGUCAAACUGUCCCAGGCCAUCAAGCACCUAGCCGUCCAGCCAUGUGCCCUCCAGGAUGAAAUGCAGCUGAAUCUCGACAGGGGUCAGGCCGAGUUUUGCAAGGGCGAAACGAUGAAGGACCCGACCACCGAGUUGGACGCGGCUGGCCAGUACCACGCGGAUAGCGAGCUGCAGAGCAAUCGAGUGUUGCCCACCAAUGGGAUGAACAGCGUCCGCAGGUUGAUUAUGGCAUCCGACCCGAGCCUUGGGAUUUCAUCCCCAGGACCUCGUCCUGGAUUUCACGAACGAGUACUCGAUCACGGACGUCAUGGGUGA